UCUAAGCGACUGAAAACUUAACAAGUUAGCGGCCAAAUUUUACCAUCAUGAAGAAAAUGAGCAUAUGAUGCACAUUGUAUACCCUUCUUCGUUCAUUUUUAGUUUCUAAAACUUCACUCCCAUUUCUUACUCAACUCCUCCCUACGCCAACUUCUCCAUUGAUUUUCGUGAUACAUGCAAUUAAGAUUUUCACCCCUUUCUCGAAGAAAUACAUGUGAAUUUCAAUCUAUACAUUCUCAGGUUGUUGGGUGUGCUGGGAACUGGGUGAUGGCGUGAUAGACGCAUGCUUGCUUGUGCUUCAUGAAUGCCAACCAGUUGUAUGUUUGGUUACUCCUUAAUUUGUAGGUGAUCAACAAUUCAUUAUUUUCUUAUUAGCUGAUGUGAUAGGUCAAGUUUUCAGAACUGUUGUUGACGUAGGUACUUUCCACAAGUGAGUUAAUUGUGCAAGGCAUCUAGGGGGUGUUCGACACGAAAAAGUUAUUUUUCAGGUACAUAAAAUGCAGCCUUCUGGCCCCUCACGGCCAUUUCAAGGACCCCAAUGUGACAAAGAUAUGUUCACUUUUCUACCUGCACGUCCUGAUAGGGAUAUUUUGGUUGAGUCAUCUAGAAAAAGAAAACCAACAUUCAUUGAUCACCAUCUUGCUCUACCUGCUCCAAAUGUAAGGCAUGGCACUUCUGGAUUUCCAAACCGUAAGCAAAAUACUAGUGAUUUAGAAGAUAAAGAAAUUCAAAGGCCUUCCCAAGUUUCACGGUCUAGGGAUACAUCAAAAUAUAAGGGACAUUCUGAGAAAAAUCAAUAUAGGGAUCACAAUGAUCAUGGAGAAAGAAGGUCUCGUAGUGCAAGGGACUUUUAUGAAAAAAACUCGGAAUAUACUGGAUAUACUUCUUCCAGUAGGCGGUUACACUCUCCAGUUCACAAAGUUUCCUCACCUUCAUAUGACAAACCUUCACGUUUUGAUAGGGAUGUUUUGGCCGAGUCAUCCAGAAAGAGAAAAAUAACAUCCUCUGAUCACCGUCAUGUUGUACCUGCACCUAAUGUGAGGCAUGGAAUUUCCGGAUUUUCAAAGUCUAAGUUGAAUGAUUUACAUGGUAAAGGAUUUCAAAGUUCUGCCCAGGCUUUGCGUUCCAGGGAAUCUUCAAAGUUCAAGAGGCGUCAUGAGCAAAGUCUAUACCGGGAUCAGAAUGACUAUGCAGAAAGACGGACCUCGACUGAGAGGGGUUUCUAUGAAGCGAGCUCUGAAUAUACUAGACAUACUUCUUUCAGUGGUCGGUUGCAGUCUCCAAGUCGUAAUUUCUCUCCUUUAUGUGACAGGCCUGCACAUUUUGACAGAGAGCUUUUGGCUGAGUCAUCUAGAAAAAGAAAAGUAACUUGUGAUCACCAUCGCGUCAUACCUGCUCCAAAUGUGAGGCAUGGUGUUUCUGCAUUUUCGAACCCCAAGCUGAAUGCUAGUGAUAUACAUGGUAAAGAUAGUCAUAGUUCAGUCCAAGUUUUGCGGUCUAGGGAACCCUUUGAGGGCCAUUCUGAGCAAAGUGAAUUCUGGGAUCAGGAAAAUUUUGUUGUACGAAGGCCUCGAAAUGAGAGGGAUUUCUGUGAAACAAGUUCUGAAUAUACUGGAUAUGCAUAUUCCAGUGGGCGGUUGCAGUCUCCAAAUCACAAAGGUUUUUCUCCUUUGUAUCCUGUCUCAGAGGAUCGUAUUCAUAAACCUUCUGAUUUGCCUCCAAUGACAGAAGACUUCUACCAGUGUAAUAAUUUUGAAACUACUUCACAAGUAGAAACCUGUAAAGGAUUCAAUUGGCAACCUUUGUUGCCUGAAGACUCUAGCCGGUGUGAGAAGCAUGAAUUUAAUGGAUGCAGGGGGAUUCAUAAAACAUUAGACUGGCUGCCUCCAAUUCAAAGCUCAUACCAGCAUGAAAUCUGUGAUUCUAAUGCACUUGCAGCUCAAAAUUCAAUAAAUUGGCCGCCUUCGAUGACAAAAGAAAAUUUUCAAUACGAGAAUUGUGAUUCAAAAGCACAGGCAGUGACUCAUAAAUCAUUGAAUAGUCCUCUUCCAGUCACUCAAGACUUAAGCCACCACGUGAAUAAUUCACAUGCACAUGUGCCAAGGGUAGAGAACAGUCCUGAUUUACCAGAGUUUUGGAGCUAUUCACAUCAAAUGUCUGUUCAGCCAAAGGUUAUUACUUCAGAUCCACAUGAGAACACAUCAAAAAAUUUGGUUGAAUCUCAAAGAUGGUCGCACAGUUUUCCCAGGCCAGGAGCAGUUAUUGAGGGUUUGAAUGAAAAAGUUCUUAAUGAAGAAGAUUUCUACAAGAUUGACUGUACCUCGAAUGUCAAAGAACAUAAUGAUGCUGAUAGGAUUGUUGAAUUUGACAGUGCAGAAUCUAAUAAGGUUGGAUCUUCCUCUAAUGUUAAUCGAAGCAAUAUUGAGCGUUCCACUGGAUUUAACAGUAAUGAAACACCUGGGAACAAUGUUAAUGCAUCUAUACACAACAUACAGGCUGUAACUGAUAAUCUCUUAAAUGUUUUAAGACUAUUGAGUGCCGCAUCUGGUGUUUCUUUAGCUGAUAAUAGUGGUGGUAAUAUUCAAGGUUGUGGGCAUGAUGGUAAAAUGAUGACAUUGCAACCAUCUUCUGCUUUUCAGAAUCCAAACAAUCUUUCUGCAGAUACAGAUCUGUCUAAAAAACAUGAAGAUAGUUCUAAUCUUGAGUCUCUUGGCAAGUAUGCUGCAAAUGGCGAAAUUCGUUCUGUUAAAGUAGAUGAUGAAAGCAAGUUUGAAGCGUCAGCAUUUUCUGAAAAAUUGUGGAAUGGCACCCUUCAGCUCAGUACCUCUGUUUCAGUGUCUGUUAUCGCUUUCUUCAAAAGUGGAGAGAAGAUGCAGGACUUCAAAUGGUCUGAUUCGGUGGAAGUAAGAGGGAAAGUAAGAUUAGAAGCUUUUGAAAAGUAUGUACAAGACCUUCCUCGUUCACGCUCUCGUGGACUCAUGGUGAUGUCACUUUUUUGGAAGGAAGGCUCAGCUGAUGCUGGAAAUGAAGGCAUGAAGGAGAUUGCAAAAAAAUAUAAAGAUGGAAAAAGGGUCGGAUUCGUGAAGCUGUCUACCGAUGUUGAUAUGUAUGUCUGCCCUCAUAGCGAUGCGGUAAUCACUAUUCUGGCAAAACAUGGCUACUUCAAGGGAAUGACGGCUAUUAAAGAUCGAAGUGAACCUCUUAUUGGAUGUGUUGUCUGGAAGAAAAGCUUAAUUUCUGCUCCUACCAAGAAAGUUUCCGGAGAAGCUUCAACAGCUGAGAAAAAUCGGACGCCUGUUGGAGGUGUAGAAAAUAACAGAGGAGACAAGAGCCCGGAGUUUUCACCCUCCCCGCAAAUCGGCCAACCAAAGCAAUCGUCUGUUGCGCCAAGUUAUUUAAACUCGGUCAGCAGUACUGAGCUAAAGACUCAAGCGGAAGCUAACAAUGAGCUUUCUGCGGAUUUUUCUGAUGAAGAUGACCUGCCUGAAUUUGAUUUUACAGAUGCAAUUCCUCCGACUUCAGUGAGCAAAACUUCAGUCGGGGCAGUCAAAUCCUCAACCCUUGAAGUGCAACAAAUUUCUGAAGCACAUAAACCAACAGUGGAUACCCAAGGAACAGCCUCGAAAAUUUUGGGGCAGCAUUCUGAAGUAAAGAUACCAAUCUUGCGGACACAGGAACAGAAACCUAUAGUGAAGGAUACAGCCAGUUUGAAGACAAAAAAUCUUUUCGAUGAUGAUGAUAUUCCUGAGUGGUGCCCGGCAGAUCUUGUGAAUACGAGGGAAGAGACAACAAAAAGGACAGAAGUGCCAUUUUCUUUACCGAAACCCAAUGCUCAAGGGUCAGGUUUUGCAGAUUUAACUUCUGGGUUUUUGCUUCCUCCACCCCCGCCUCCGCCUCCAUUGACGCGAAUGCAAUUUCAAGGCAGCAAGCUUCCGAAACCAGCUACCAACGGUUUCACACAAGAAAAUGCAGUCGCUGUACCAUCCCAGAUGCAGUUUAAGGAGAAAGAUUACCCUUCUGUUCCUCAAGUUCUCCCACCUCCUCCCCCUUUGACCCCCAUGCAGAUUCAAAGAAUUCAUCAUCUGUCUGCUCCGCAACUCCCUAACUUCGCUGCAAAAGGCUGCACACCUGAAACUCCAGCUGCUAUAACGACCCAGAUGUCGUUUAAAGAAAGAGAUAAUCCUAAUGCUCCCCCACCUCCAGCUUGUAACCCAGCCGCUAAUAAUUUCAUGCAUCGAGACCCACCUGCUAAUAAUGUUAUACAGCAAAGUCCAGCUACUAAUAAUCUCAUGCAGCAAAGUCCAGCUGCUAAUAAUUUUAUGCCUCAGACUUCAGUUGAUUCUGUGCAUCAGAGUCCGUUUAAUUCUGGGCAUCAGAGUCCAGCUGCUCAGUUGUGGUUCAGCGACCAAAGUCCAGUUACUAUAUCAUCCCAAAUCCCAUUCAAAGAGAGAGGCUACCCUUCUGAAUCUUGUCGUCCCCCUCAUAGUGGUGAUAACCGUGCUGCGAGCAAUUUUACGCAUCAAAUUUCAGCUGCUCGAUCAACCCAAAUGCAUUUUGGAAAAACAAACUACUCUCCUACCCCUCGUCCUCCUACACCAUUCAUCAAUGAGCCUGCUAGUGAUAAUGGUCAAAUCCAUUCAAAUCCAGCCGUUCCUCCAGGUUUUGCUCCAAACCCUGCCGUCAGGCCUUGUUUUGAUCAGUCUAGUAUGAAGAAUCCUACCCGUCCUUCGUCCUGGACUACAGGGCAAUGACAAAGAGGAGAAUGAUUAUGGUUUAAGCUGAGAAACAGAAAUUAUAAAUGGUGUAAAUUAGUGAAAUUUUACUGACAGUUCUGUUUCUUUAAAUUUAAUCUUUAGCGUUGAUGCUAAUUUUCAAAUUUCUGGUUAUGCAAUUGCAAUCUUCUGAUCUCUAUUAUAAUUU